CAGCUUCAGAUGUGUGAGGGGCCGUCAUCGAUAUCUGGGCCAAUCCCCCCGGAUCCUUCACUGUUCCCUCAGUACUACAACAAACAGCCUGCUUCAGCUCGUGGACGUUUAGAGGGGAACCAUAAUGUUACGUUGGGCCUGCUCUCAGGGCCCCUUGCUCCAGAUCCUGUGUUGUACCCGGGCUACUACAGUGCUCGUACCCCAGCACACCCGUCCCGUAUCGGGCCUAAUGCAGCCCACAUUAUGGAGCGAGGACGAAGAGGCGUAAUAGGGGAACUCCUCAAACUAGAUGGUGUUUCAAUUACCCCUGUUCCCAAACAGAGACAGCGAAUUCAUGACUUCAGUAAAGAAAAUGUACGUCGUCUCCGGGAGAUCCAGAGACGCUGCAAAGAGCAGGAGGCCGAGAGAGCACAGUCUCGUCCGGUUCCAGUCAAAGCUCUCUGGACCUCCUCCAAAUACGAGACUGUCCCAUCCAGGCUCAUGGUCCAGCUGCAGGUUUCAAGUCCAUCGGUUAAACCACAGUGUCAGAACUUUCUGAAGGCCCACUCUAACGGGGGAUCUACUACCCCAACAAGACCACGCUCCAAAACCUCUCCUGUAGCUUUGCACCGCCCUGCGUCCUGUAACUCUGCACGUGACCUGGAUUUGCAAUUACAGGUGCAAGGUCAGAACAUUGACUUCAUUAAACAUAACGCCAGAGCUGCAGGAAAAGCUGUGAUGCGUCGGUCCCAGUCACUGACCAACCUGAGAGACAAGCCUGUGCCCAGUGCAGUCAAGGGACAGGUGCCUCAGUAUCUUGAAGAAAGGAAGGAGCAAUGGCGUAGAGAGGAGGAGGAGAGGAGGAGGAAUGCACCUGAUCCCAGAGCCCCAGCAGGUCACACCCUGAUGCCUGAGAGUGAGAGACAGGAGACGCUGAAGUCCCUCAAAGAGUCCCAUUGCUCGCUGGUGACUGAGCUGCUGUCACUUCCGCUCAAAGCUGACAAUCUGAGUCUCCGCUCGAGAAAGACCCAGCUUGAUUGUCGGCUUUCUGAAAUCGAGGAGGCCAUUAAGAUAUUCUCAAGGGACAAAGUUUACAUUAAAAUAGAUUCCUAA